AUGGCGAAAAAGAAGAACUUCACCGUCGGUUCUAAUGAUGUAUCUGCUGAAGAAGCUGAACGUGAAUUCGGCAUUUCACUUCAAGAAUUAAAAACACUAAUGAACAUACGAGGUCGCGAGAGUUUAAGAGAACUUAAUGAAACAUAUGAUGGUUUUAGUGGUCUUGGAUAUAAGCUUAAAACAAAUCUAAUCACAGGUUUGUCUGAUGAUAAAACUGAUUUAGCCAUACGUAUAGCUGCGUUUGGUCGUAAUGAAAUUCCACAAAAACCAUCAAAAACAUUUCUUCAUUUUUGUUUUAAUCAUUUCAAAAAUCGUACACUUGUUAUAGUUUUUAUACUUGGGAUCAUUUCAUUGGCCUUAUCUUUCUAUCGUCCAAGUAGAGAAACAUUUCAAACUGGAAUAAGACCAACGAAAGAAAAGUUUGAAUGGAUUGAAGGUACAAUAAUUAUUGCUGCUGUACUAAUUAUUAUUCUAGUAACAGCAUUAAAUGAUUGGAUAAGAGAACGACAAUUUCGUGAUCUUCAAUCGAGAACUGAACUUAAUACAACAUUUAAUGUUAUUAGAGAUAGUACAGUACGGCAAAUUCCAAUAAAAUGUAUUGUUGUUGGUGAUAUAUGUGAAAUUAAAUAUGGAGAUUUAUUACCAGUUGAUGGUGUUGUUAUACAAUCAAAUAAUCUUAAAGUUGAUGAGUCAUCAUUAACUGGAGAGUCAGAUUUAAUUAAAAAGCAUGAAUCGAGUGAUCCAUUUCUUCUUUCAGGUACACGUAUUAUGGAAGGUUCGGGUAAAAUGUUAGUUUUGGCUGUUGGUGAACAUACUCAAACAGGAGAGUCAUUCAAAUUGUUCAACGUAGUCGAAUUGGAAAAUAAUCAUUAUAGAAAACAAAAUAUUAUAUGUAAAGUAUAUUUUACCUUUUAA